AUGGGAGGUCCAGAUGAGAAAGGAGGUGGUACCUCGACCAACGAGGACAAAGAAAUCGAGGCAGUUGACGUCUACCCGGAGACUUUUCCGGUAUUUGAGGACUCGAAAAUUCCGCCAACUUCUCAAGCGACCGAAGGAAGUCAUAAUCGGGAAGCUACGACGAGUUCUGAGUACAGAAAGCCGACGGCGCAAGAGAUUGAAGAGGCGAUUCGACGAGCGAACAGUUAUCAGAAUAACCCGCUUACCAACACUGUCAGACGGAGCAGACCGACGGGCGACCGUGCUCGCAACCGCAGUGCCGCCGUCUCAUUCCAACUCCCGCCAGUUCCAUCGGGUGCGAAUCUCACCAACCUCGGAGCGCACCAUCCCAUUCAUCCCCAGGCAGUACCUGUUGCAUCUGAAAGUGUUACCCCAGCGUCCGUCCGCGGUCGAGGAAUUCCAGUCCCUGGUCGGUCUGGAUACAUACCCACACUUGCCCCCCUCAGCAAUCAGCCGCAAAGACAGCUCAGAGACCCCAACUCGGGCCGUCCUGUUGUAGUUGGUGGCUUCGACAACGCGCUUGAAGAGCACAACCAGCGAAUUCUACGUCGCAAAACCGACGACCAGCUAGCUCUUGAAUUAUUCUUGCAGAGUUCUUCACGCCAAACCACCUGGGACUCUCAGAACCCUCGACCUCUACCAGAGCUCCCCCCUGCUAGCACCGCACAGCAGUCUACUGCUGUCGCACCUAACCGCGCCUCCCAAACCCCUCCUACCCCCGCCCAGAACACUGCUCCACCGCACCCUUCGCCUUUGCAGUCACACCCAGUCGCCUUGAACCAGCAGGAGCCUUUUCCAGCGCCCUCACGUCGUCGUGCCCGGUCCGCAUCAUUGUCAAGCCCUUCGAACGCCGCUGUCCUCGCUUCUCCGGGACUGACUCAAAACCUACAUUUCCCUGAGACCAUCCAGGAGGAGCUGUCGACCGAAGUCGAAGAUCUCGAUUGUUCUGAGGAGUCCGACAUUCGCACCGCACAAGUCGGCCGCUUCGUUCAACCGCCCGACGACCCUUCCCAAGACUCAUCGCAAGUUUCGCUCCGCGGUGGAAGUCUAGAAUCCGACGAUUUUCCCGAGGGAUUCGAUCCGAGCUAUUACGAGUCAGACAACAUCGAAGACGAGUUGGCUGAAUUGAUCAACGAAUUCAAUCCAAAUAUUUCCGACGAUUUCAACCCGUACGAAAUCGAGGCAAGAUCCCAAGUUCACACACAGAUACUUGGGAAAAUGGCGAGCCACAUUCCCCGACCCGGCCCUGCCAAACUCUCCCCCAAUGCGGGCUUGGACGAGUGGCUGGAGGAAGCCAAACAGUGUCACUACUUACCCGAGCGGGCCAUGAAAGAGCUUUGCGAGCUUGUAAAGGAGGUGCUGAUGGAGGAAUCCAAUAUCCAGCCUGUGUGCACCCCUGUCACAAUUUGCGGUGAUAUCCACGGUCAAUUCUACGAUCUCCUGGAGCUCUUCCGUGUUGCGGGUGGAAUGCCUGGCGAAUCACAUGUGGAAGCGCCCAAGACUGCCACCACCGUCAUCAGCCCUGAAGAUAUCGAGCCGCCUACCGAGAUCACGAACCCCAAGCUCAAGAAGAAAGUCCGCAACGCCGGCAGCCCUCCUGCCGAUGAAGAUGACGAGGAGGAGGCUGCGGCUGCCGACACCAGUGCGACUUCCCGAGCUGACUCCGCAGUCGAGGUUUCCACCACCUCUCAAUCUGCCGACACCCGCUUCGUUUUCCUGGGUGACUUCGUCGAUCGUGGUUACUUCAGUCUCGAAACCUUCACUCUUCUCAUGUGUUUGAAGGCCAAGUAUCCCGACAGAAUUGUCCUCGUCCGUGGCAAUCACGAGUCCCGCCAAAUUACCCAGGUGUAUGGAUUCUACGAGGAGUGUCAGCAGAAGUAUGGCAACGCCUCCGUGUGGAAGGCGUGCUGCCAUGUAUUCGACUUCCUCGUCCUCGCUGCUAUCGUCGAUGGUGAGCUUCUCUGCGUUCAUGGUGGUCUCAGCCCGGAGAUCCGUACCAUCGACCAGAUCCGCGUUGUCGCCCGCGCACAGGAGAUCCCCCAUGAAGGCGCUUUCUGUGAUCUUGUUUGGUCCGACCCCGAAGAUGUUGAGACUUGGGCUAUCAGCCCUCGUGGCGCCGGCUGGCUCUUUGGUGACAAGGUUGCAACCGAGUUCAACCAUGUCAACGGUCUCAAGCUCAUAGCCAGAGCGCAUCAGCUUGUCAAUGAGGGCUACAAGUAUCACUUCCCUCAGAACUCGGUCGUCACUGUGUGGUCAGCUCCAAACUACUGCUAUCGCUGCGGUAACGUUGCGUCGAUCAUGACCGUAGACAAGGACAUGAAUCCCAAGUUCAGCAUCUUCUCUGCAGUCCCCGAUGAACAGCGUCAUGUUCCGGCCAACCGCCGUGGACCAGGCGACUACUUCCUCUGA